GUUAGCCUAACUAGAGUAGAUACCUAUUAGAAUUCGUAAUUAAAUGGCGAUUAGGAGCCUCUGAAUCUAAAUGGGUGCUGGUCGGAUGUAGCUUGGAUAUUGGAAACUUUGGAGUAACAAAGUUUCAAUCCUAGAUAAAGUAAGAGUUGCAGCUAAGCUCAGGUGGGAUGAAAGUCCAUCCACAUCAAGAGUAAUGAUCCACAUUAGAAGAUGUCAAGGCAAGCACCAGAUAUGAUGAAAAUGGCUGACUUGAUCUGUCUUUGUGCAUUUAAGCUUCUUGCCUCCGAACAUGCUCCUGUGACCUGAGGCCACCCGGAAUUCGACCUAACGUGACCUCGAAGCUGACCUCGGAGCAGCGGCUACAUCGAGCGUCUCACCAUGAGCGAGCCGCUGCCGCCGUACCUGGACCGCGGCGACGGCCACAACCGCUGCUGUAACCGGCGCCUCUGGUGCAUCGGCGAUGUUUGCGGCGUGCUCUGCGUGCUCAUCACCUGGUUCCUGAUCGGCUACGCCGAGUACGUGGUGAUGGGCGUCAUCCUGCUCUCAUGGCCGCAGUCGAUGAUGCGCGCUUUCCACAUGGUGGUCUACAACGCGCUCACGCUGCUGGCCUUCUCCAGUCACGCGCGCACCAUGCUCACCGACCCGGGCGCCGUGCCUCGGGGUAAUGCUACAAAGGAGGCGAUGCAGUGGGCCACCAGCCAGGAGGGUGGCGUUGUAUACAAGUGUCCCAAGUGCUGGAGCAUCAAGCCGGAGCGGGCCCACCACUGCUCCGUCUGCCAGCGCUGCAUACGCAAGAUGGACCACCACUGCCCGUGGGUCAACAACUGCGUCGGCGAGAACAAUCAAAAGUUCUUCGUGCUCUUCACGCUGUACAUCGCGGCCAUCUCCGUGCACUCGCUGAUCCUGGCGGUGAACCAGUUCGUCUCGUGCUUCCACAACGAGUGGAAGGCGUGCAGCGUCCACACGCCGCCCGCCACCGUCAUCAUGCUGCUCUUCCUCAUCUUCGAGGGCGCCCUCUUCGGCAUCUUCACGCUGGUGAUGCUGUGCUCGCAGGUGCAGGCCAUCUGGACCGACGAGACGGGCAUCGAGGCGCUGAAGGGCGAGGAGGUGCGCUGGCGGCGCCAGGAGCGCUGGAAGAGCAUGCGGGCCGUGUUCGGGCGCACCUGGCACGCCUGGCUGUCGCCGUUCACGCGGCCCGUGCUGUCCGGCAGCGCGCUCCGGCACGUGUACCCGGUCUCUGGCGGGUCGGGCACUGACUCGGACGAGGACCGGCGCUCCACGUGCUCGGAGGAGGCGGAGCGGGCUCCCCUCGCCGCCGGUGACAUGUCCGUCUGAGUGUGCUGACCAGGCGGAGGUGACCCCGCGAACUCACGGGUCGCCACGGCCACUAGCGACCGGCCAAUCACCGCCUGAGGUGCGCGCACGACAACGGGUGUGCACCAAUCACCGCCGAAGGUCCUGGCACGACGGCGGGUGCCGAGCAAUCACCGCCAGAGGCCCUGGCACGACGGCGGGCGCCGACCAAUCAACGCGUGGUGCGAGUGCAGCCCGGCAAAAGACGUGAACCAUUCACUAUUGAGUGUCCGUGCGCCGCAGCAGCUGGUGUGAGCCAAUGGCUUUUAGACGUGUGCGUCAUGUCUGACAUGAUUGUUCGACUUCGGCUCAAAGCAGCAGUUAGACCUGGCGACGAAUUAUCUCAGGAUAUGUUACGCUGUCAACGUGAGGGGUAGAAGGGGCAUAGCACCGCCGUUGCGAACGCUGGCUAGCUAUCGACCCGUAGUAGCUGUCCUCAGCCACAUGACCGGGCAUCUGUACCGGACGUCGUCGGCUUUGGCCCCGCUCCAGUUGACAAUCGGGAGCUGCGUGCGAUGAAGCAAGGCACAAGGCCGCCGAGAGGGCUGGAACGCUUCCGUCACAACCCCUGGCGUCCUGGUGCGAGCUGGAGGCUGUUGUCAUGCGUCGGGUGGCUGCGUCGCACCAAGUCCAGGAAUAGACGGGAGCGCCCCUCUGAUGCAGGGAGGGAGUGCUCUCACUGGACCAGACCAGCCGUGCUGGUGGCCUGCGGGCGGGCGCCAGCGUCCGGUCACCAUCCCAACCCCGCCACAUGUAGCUCAUUGAACGGGUGGGUGGACACCAACCUACACUGCUGAAUGGCUCUGGCACAGACUGCCACGGGCCAGAUGCGUGUCAAGAGAUUACCAGCAUGGUCAUAAUCUGCUACGUGUCCUACGUGUUUCACCGGCUGCCAAGUGCGAUGCUACUGUAUUGGCCGCUACAGCUUUCAGGCCUGGCUCGCAGUAUUCGUCAUCACGCUGUAUAUUGUAUGCAUGCCUGCGUGCUGGGUGUUGAUGCACGUCAGAGAAGUGUAACACGGACUCGUGGUUGCAUGCCUCAAAGCGCCUGGGGCCACCUCAUUUUGAGUGAGCGUAGUUAGUCCGCUCUUUUCGUAGUGUGCAAUGAAUGUGAUUUUUGCUCUUCGAUUCAUUUGUUGGAUUUGCGUUGCGCAUCGACCGCAAAUGGUUAUGCAGCUCGAUUUAUUUGUCAAUGGAAUUGUUGGCAUGAAUCCGCAGCAGCGUAAAUUCAGCUGAAUCACGUGGUGUCACGGCGUCCUAGGCAUUAUGACUGAUGCUUUAAAUUUCGACGCUCGCUCGCGCUGCAAGUUCUACCACGCUGGAGAGGGAGUGGGCAUUCGUUAUGCGGUCGUGCAACGGUUAAUGCCGCGCUUGAUCAGAUUCUAGGCGUGCCGACUCGAUCAUCUGAUCACAUGAGCUGCAAACGCUCAUGUCUUUCACGGCCGCCGUAUUUGAUACUCCUGGGAUGCGGCAUUGGCGAGGUCAUGCCAGUAUUCGUUGCGGCGCGCGCUGGCACGUUACGCUUAAGCUCUUCGUGUACACCGGGGCCGAGUGAGCAUUUAUGCUCACGCCGGUCGCGAUCGUGCGUGUAUCCUGAUCGAGCACCACAGUCUUGCGUUGUUUCUGCCUUCCUGAUCUCGAAUGGCAGGUGUCCGUUUCGGUUGGUUUGUCGGCCACAGUCGCAGGUGUGGGUGGCGGCUGGCUGUCCGUCGUCUGCUUCGUACCUCUACCCUGCCGUGUUCCCGCACCUGCUCGCAAUAUAUGUGAUAUACAGCUGCAAA